GGCAGCUCUUUCGCUAUCCACGAUGAUGGUGAACACAAUCCCGUGCCAACAGCCAACCCGAAGAGGAGGGAAACCCGUCCAGCAGUCGCCCCUUCAGGUCGAAAGAUGUCUUUACUAGCCCAACCGGCCCAAAGGUUCCGUCCGAAGGUUAGCUUCACGGCUAGUCCACCCAGGACUUCAAAGCCAUUAGGAGAGCCCGAGAAGAAAUUGCGGAGUACAAAGCUAGACGCCCAAAAGAAUAGGGAGCUUCUGAUGCAGAUUAAUGGGAACGGACGUCAAACUCCAUCGAAGAAUGCUUUGAAGACUGAUGUACGCCGUAACACGGCGUAUAUUCCGCCGGAUGACUCCACUGUUGCGAGCGUGUUCAUGGGUAUCAUCAGCCCUACCAAGUCUAACAGUAUGCAGGACUACGUUCAGGAGGACACGCAGGUUAACACCUUAGAGUCACAGGUCGCUAGGAAGCGGCAGGCAAAACGCUCUUUGGCAUCAUCCGCGCAGCGAAUUCCGCUUCAACCAAGCAUGAAAGUUAAGCAGGAAUCUUAUAUUCACGUCGAUAUUGCUGGGAAGAACGGUGGAAAGGAAAAUGUUCCUCCUGGAGCUUGCCUUCUCAGCAAGGGAAAGGGCAAGGAUACUCAACCUAUGAAGAUCAAUGACGAGUUUAAAAACCCUCGAGCAGCUUCAAAACCUGCACAAGCUCAACUGCGUGGAUGUCCUACCACAAAGCCGAUGAGUCCACUCACAGCAAGGUCUGUUAAUAGGACUGUGAAGCGAACAGUGAUGAGAGAAAAUAGAAACAACGCCAAAGCAGCAUCCGUUCAUGUGGUACAAGAAAGCAACAAGUUAGAAAAGCGAAAAACAAACGACAAUCGAGCUCCGUCAGUUUCUAAGAAUUCCACACUUUCCAACAUGUUGAAGAGCUCUGAGAUGCGCGUCAACCUCUCCAAGGCCUCGGUAGUGCGCCCUAAACCGAAACACAUUGACAAUGAGUAUCCGCUGCUGAAAGAGGACAUCACAAAGCCGGAAUUGUAUGAAGAUGACUGGCUUUCCCAUCAGGAGAUCAUGAUAACUCAACUGGCCAAUGGGCUUUUUGAUCAGACCAACGAGAGUUUAAGCCUCAAAGAUCCAACAGUACUUCGACAUGAACUACUCAAGCUCUACCAAAACACACCAUUUGCACAUCUUUAUAAGAGGGUCCAAGCAUCAUUGCUGUACGGUGUCAUGAGUAUCCCGAGAGAUGUGCUUGGACGAAAUGACCGGCUGCAGCAGGAUGUGGGAAUGAAGCGGAAAUUUUUGGACUUCUGGAUGCAAACGUAUGACCCACGGGCGCUACGAGCGGCAGUGGAAACAGUCACAGGCAGGAGGAUGACCGAUAACGGAUUGGCUCAGGAGAGCAGUCAUAGCCAUCCUAACAUGGACUUUGGCAAUGAUAAAGCACUGAAGAGAGGACUAGAAAACUUUUUAAAUACCUUUUUGCUGCAAAACCAAGACAUGGAACGACAUGCUAGAGAAUUCAGCGGCGGGGAUUCAGACGAGGUUGGCACGGCCUAUCAUCGCACUGUUCUUCGCAGCAUCAUGAUCGUCAUCCUCUUGGACAAGGGAAUGUCAAGCCCAGGGAAUGUACUUCCACGUUGCCUUUUCCUUCGUUCAUCCCAGUUCAAGUCCUCUGCCGCCGUGCUCCAGGCCUUGACUCGUUUUCUUCUACCCUCUUCCGGGGACAUCAUUAAGACGCUUGGUCAUUUAGAUUGCCAGUUGGUCUAUGAGCAAAGCGCGCUGCAGGAGUACGACUACCGGAUAAGCAACUUAGCUGUAGAUAUGAGAGACGGUGUCCGGCUAACUAGGAUUGUGGAGUUACUAUUAUAUCCGACCGACUUAUGCCUCGCAGAUGGGGAGCGUUUGGGCCCGGUUUCACAAGGGCUGAAGCUUCCAUGUCUUAGUCGCGCAGUAAAGCUGUUCAAUGUGCGAAUUGCUCUGAAUGCAUUGGCUUGCAGCAAGAGCUCCCACAAGCUGGUUCGUCGUAUCUGUGCGGAGGACAUAGUCGAUGGACAUCGUGAGAAGACCAUCGCACUUCUAUGGGGGCUUGUUAGCCAAUGGAGCCUCGCUGGGCUUGUCGAUUGGGAUGACUUGAGAAAGGAGAUCGACCGCUUAAAGCAGAAGGCCGUGUCUCAGUAUGGGUAUGAGUCGGUCAAGGGUGAGGGAUGGUUCGAUAGAGAUUUCGAUGGAUUGUAUGAGCAGAGUAACGAGGCUACAUCGUUGCUUCGACAAUGGGCCUCUAUCCUAGGAUAUCUGAAGGGCCUACAACUUGAGAACUUCAGCACCAGCUUCGCGGACGGCAAGAUUUACGAAAGCAUUGUGGAUGAGUACGAGAACUACAUACUCAAAGGGAGUCAGCCCCAGUCUACGGAACUCAGGGAGCCACUCUUCUCGCUGCAAUCUCGCCUCAGGGCGCUAGGAUGCAGUGCACAGCUCGGUAAGUCGUCUAGGGAAUACCCAUCAUGGAGCCCAACUAACAACUACUAGCGUAUCUCAUUUCCCCUAGUUCUUCAAGGUCGCACAUCCUAAACAGUGACUUCACACUGGGGGCACUCGCCUUCCUCUGUUCUCGAUUCCUUUCCGCAACUAAGCGUGCUCGCGCGGUGGCAGUUUUGCAAAAGAGAUGGCGACAAGUCCUCGCCCACCGGGAUCUCCAACGGCGGACAGUCGCCCGAGACGUCGCUAGACAAUGCGCAGCCGUCGUGCAGACAAGAGACCGAAUCCUCUGGGCCAAAGAGAUCAUCAUCCGGUGGUGGAGAAUGGUGAAAGCGAAGCAGCAGCGGCACAACAUAAGCGGCAGAUACGAGAAGCUAAUCCCUAUGUCCAAGGGGGUCCCUCUACGUGGCCAGCGGUCCGCGUACUGAACCCGGACGUUUCAUAUACCCGCGGUUGCAUAUUGGGCAUUGGCAAGGCAAUGACCCUUGUAUGAAAUAUAGGGUACGAUGUCAGGGGAUGAGCCUUACAAUCACUCAACAUUGCCUUAGUUUGGCUGUACUAUUUUCAGCGCCUCCAGGAUCAUAGCCUUUGUCCAGCGUUAUGUCA